AUGGCCGAAGUCCCUCCGAGGGCGCUACGAUCCUACAUUUGCUAUUUUUGGUGGUCCAAAUUCAUCGGUGCUCUUCCGUCACCCAACCUUGCGCCGCUUUCUCCCCUUCGCAAUAUGCAGUUUUUCUCUAGUAAUAAUGUACAAAUGGCAGAUCUUACAGGGAUCCUAUCUACUGCACAGUAUAUUCUGCCGUCGGGCCAACCUUACCUCAAUCCAUCACCAGUCGCACCACCACCUUAUCAGCAUACUACAGGCCUAGACGCUGGAGUCGCGGCAGGGAUUCCCGUGAAUAUGGAGCCGCAGGUGACAGAAAAUACAGAGUCCAACUUGGAGAAGAAGAUGGAAGACAGUUCUCAGAAAACCUCGUGGCACGUUUAUAAUGAAAAGACAGCUCAGGAAGACGGCGAGUUUGUGAGAUCUGUCAACGCUUCUAUGGAUGUACUCCUGAUAUUUGCGGGUCUCUUCUCGGCCACAGCGACUGCUUUCUUGCAGUUUACGCGCCCACUGCUCCAGGAAGACGAAGUCGAGAAGUCGAAUGACCUCCUACUCGCGCUCUUCCACAAGAUGGAUAACUCAUCGUAUUCACUACCCGAGCGUAAACCAUUCGUCGUCCCUGCGGGAGCAUGGGCUAUCAACUGCCUUGUCUUCGCCAGUAUUGCCGGAAGUUUAAUCUCUGCCUUUUUUGCCAUUUUGGUCAAGCAGUGGGCCGCUGGUAUUAUCAGCGGACUCAAAGGCAUACCAACCCCUCAACUUCGCGCUCGAACGCGUCAUUUUAGAGCAGAGGGUGUCCGGAGAUUCUACUUCGCGCAUAUUGCCUCAUUUGUUCCUGUUGUCGUACAUUUCUCGCUGGUGCUUUUUGGAGUCGGGAUCGUCGAAUUUCUCAUCUACUCAGACGAGCGACCACUCGCGGCAGUGGUGAUCACCUGCUUGCUAUUAGGUGCAGGGGCUUACUUCCUCCUCUCGCUUCUGCCGCUAUUUUAUCUCAAUGCUCCAUUCCAGUCUCCCAUGACAACGAUUUUCCGCUUCUUCGCCUCAAGCAUUCGACGGAUAUUCUCCUUGUAUUCUCCUCAACGGCCACCAAAGUCCUCGGAGCACAACGAAACUCUCGAUGAGCUCAUUGGUAAACAGGACCAAGUCUCGAGGCAUAUACAUCUCUCAUGGAAACUGGACAUUGACGUCCUAGUUUCCCUCAUGGCGAUGGCAGACAAGCACACGGAGCGCUGGGUUCUCGAGCAAACACUGCGCGAUAUGCGAGGUCUCAUCAAAGUUCAGAAAUCGGCGCCUCGGCUCUUUUGUCACCCGGCUAUACUGCGCACAUACUCGUACCUUGUGUCGACCUCAAUAUUCGAGGGCCAAAACGAGACGGUCACUCUCGCCCGGGGUCGAGAACCGAGAGCCCGGGGAUUAUGUCGCUUCUUGAUAUGGCUGGGUUCAGUUGGUGCGGAGAGCAGCUCCAUGCAAGACCUGUGCCGCUUCCUUGAGGAUCAGACAUUGGUCAGAAAGCAAUCGGCACUGCCAACAGCAUUACGUGCAUAUGGCUUGAAACACAAGCGAACAGAAGACGUACUCUUGGGGGAGAUGGCGGUUCAAGAGCUUGGACAUAUGAGUCAAAAGGCUGGGAGACAAUGUACAACGUGUGUUGACUUUAUCCUUCACGCUAAUGGUGGCUGGGCAACCACGAAUCCUCAUAGUCAGAUUUACGAAUAUCUCAUCUCUCUCAGACCGGAGACCUGGGUAAACGAUAUCAAGCGUGGGAGAGCAGAGAAAGAGCAGAUGAUUCGGUACAUUGCCGCGCAGACUCGUUGUCUUGCCAGUUUCGCUCCCAUUAUUCCACCUUCAAAUCUGGCAUACACGAGAAUGCGAAGUCUGAUCACCAAGUUCCACCUUGGCGACCCUGCACUUGCAAAUAUAUGGAAUGAGACGGUUCCCAGCUCGACUAUCGAGUUCACAAACCCGCAUCUCUCUGCUUGGUUGAGGGAUAUGGAAACACAGCGGAGUUAUCAAUCUUCCUAA